AUGUACAAUUUAGACAUGCCACAAAGAGAUGACAACAAGAAGUUCCUAACUCCAUCUUUCUCCACCACUCUGCUCGACCAAAUUUACCGUUCCAUCGACGAGGGAGAGAGAAAAAACGGCGAAACCAAAUUCUACAGACACACAACAAUAAGCACCAGCAAGAAGCAGAGUCGGGGCAGCUCGAAAUCCACGGAGACAGAUAGAAAAUUUGUUGGCGCAAAAAUCGACAAAAAGAAAUUGCACCGCGACGAGGAUGUUUUGUUCUUCAGCUCCACCUCGGUCUCCUCAGAUUCCAGCUUCGGAUUCUCCUCCUCCGACAACGAGUCCAUCUCACGCGAAUCGUGUCUCGCGCCCCGCGCGAGGCUCGUCGGCGCAAGCGCGUCGUUCCGGUCGGAGAGAUACGGAAUGCGCGUGUUCGAGGGUUUGUGUCGGAACUCCCACAUCUCAGAGGAACGACACGUGGCGGUUCGCGACGAGGAGAAGCUUAUAAAAUCCAAGUCGCGGGCGUUGAAGAUUUACAACAACCUUAAAAAAGUGAAACAACCGAUUUCUCCCGGUGGUCGAGUCACGAGUUUCCUCAACUCGCUCUUCGCGAACACAAAGAAAACGAGUUCCCGCACGUGCGGCGAAGUGCAACACGCUUCUUCUUCUUCGUCCACCUCUUCCUCUUCCUGCUAUUCCUCCGCGUGUUCCUCUGCUUCCUCACUGUCCCGGUCUUGCCUGAGCAAAACCAUGUCUUCAGAAAGAGAGAGGUUGCGCAAUGGGGUGAAGCAAAGUGUGCGUUUUUACCCGGUGAGUGUGAUCGUGGGUGAAGAUAGUCGACCCUGUGGGCACAAACGUUUGUGUGAAGAGAAAGAAGGUUCUAAAGGGUUCUUGAGAGAGUACCGACACAACCCGAAGAAGAGCAAUGAUUUGGUUUUGCAGGAGUUGUCUUUGAGGAGUAAAGUUGAUUAUGAUGGCGAGGACGAUGAUGAUGCAUCGAGUUAUGCAAGUUCGGAUCUCUUCGAACUUGAUCAUUUGGCUGUGUUUGGAAGUGACAGAUAUUGUGAGGAACUACCAGUGUAUGAAACUACUCAUGUUAGUACUAACCGCGCCAUUGCCAAUGGCCUCAUAGUGUAA